AUGAGAGUGACUCUUCUUUUUAUCUCAGACAAAUGCGUGCUCUACAUGAGCGAGCUGGGCAUGGGGCUACCCUUACUGGACUACUACAUUGCAAUAAUCAGAUCUAAGGUGGGCUUCGUGGCUGCCAGGCAAGCCUUGGUGUUGAAAGCCUCAAAGCUGAAGGCAGUAGAGGCGCUCGGAUUAGGGUUAAUUGACUCCGCGCACGCUAACGCCGAGGAGACCGUGAAGGCGACGGUGCACAUUGCAAAGACGCUAGCAAAGCAACAGUGGGACAGCACGAAUUAUGCCGAUUUGCGGAAAUUGUUGCUUCUCGACGGCUGCGCCGUCUUGAAGUUAACUAAAACUGUUGUUGUGCAUUCAUGUCUUUGA